AUGGCGCCUCUGCCCAUCAAGUUUACCGAGGUGCUGCAGCUCACCAGCAUCGGUGUUGACAGCAGUGCCAUCGGCUUCAACUCUUGCACUUUAGAAUCAGAUUCCUUUAUUUGCAUUCGCGAAAAGAAGAGCGAAGCCGCCCAACCCGAAGUCGUCAUCGUCGACCUCAAGAACGGCAACAAUGUUGUCCGCCGCCCUAUUAAGGCCGAUAGUGCCAUCAUGCACUGGACCCGCCAAGUCAUCGCGCUGCGAGCCCAAUCACGAACCCUUCAGAUCUUCGACCUCGAGCAGAAGGCAAAGCUCAAGUCAACGACGAUGAAUGAGGAUGUCGUAUACUGGAAGUGGAUCAGCGAGACUACCAUCGGCUUGGUUACCGACUCGGCUGUCUACCACUGGGAUGUCUUUGACGCCAACCAGGCCGCCCCAGUUGAGGUUUUCAAGCGGAAUCCUAACCUGAACGGUUGCCAAAUCAUCAACUACCGGGCUAAUGUCGACGGCAAGUGGAUGGUCGUUGUUGGCAUCUCCCAGCAACAAGGACGUGUAGCCGGCUCGAUGCAGCUCUACUCCAAGGACCGGGGCAUCAGCCAGGCCAUCGAGGGCCACGCCGCCGCCUUUGGCACCACGCGCCUCGAUGGUGCACCCCAAGAUACAAAGCUUUUCACAUUUGCCGUCCGGACGACCACGGGCGCAAAGCUGCACGUUGUUGAGGUGGACAAGCCAGAUGCCAACCCUGCCUUUGCCAAGAAGGCUGUUGAUGUCUUCUUCCCUCCAGAGGCCACCAACGACUUCCCCGUCGCUAUGCAGGUCUCCCAAAAGUAUGGUGUCAUCUACCUCGUCACCAAGUACGGCUUCAUUCACCUGUACGACCUCGAGACUGGCACCUGCAUCUUCAUGAACCGCAUUUCCAGCGAGACGAUCUUCACAACCUGCCCCGAUUCGGGAUCUGCAGGCAUUAUCGGAAUCAACCGAAAGGGCCAAGUACUCUUUGUGACUGUUGAUGAUGCCACUAUGAUUGAGUACCUUCUUCAGAACCCCGCCAACACGGAGCUUGCCAUCAAGAUGGCCUCUCGAGCCGGUCUCCCUGGCGCAGAUAACCUCUAUGCCAGGCAGUUCGAGCAAUUAUUCAAUGCCGGCAACUUUAUGGAGGCCGCCAAGGUUGCCGCUGGUUCACCGCGUGGCUUCCUCCGGACGCCGGAGACGAUUGAGAAGUUCAAGCGUCUCCCUCAGGCUCAGGGACAAAUGUCCUUCAUCCUGCAAUACUUCGGCAUGCUCCUCGACAAGGGAGCCCUCAACAAGCACGAGACGCUCGAGCUGGCACAGCCUGUGCUGGCCCAGAACCGAAAGAACCUCCUCGAGAAGUGGCUCAAGGAAGGCAAGCUCGAGUGCUCGGAGCAGCUCGGUGACAUGGUGCGCCCGCACGACCUGAACAUGGCCCUCACGAUCUACCUCAAGGCCGAGAUCCCCUACAAGGUCGUCGCCGCCUUCGCCGAGACUGGCCAGUUCGAUAAGAUCCUGCCGUACGCUGCCCAGACCGGCUACCAGCCCGACUGGAUCCAGCUGCUGCAGCACAUCGUCCGUGUCAACCCCGAGAAGGGCGCCGAGUUUGCUACCUCUCUCGCUAACCACGAGGGUGGCUCUCUUGUCGACAUCGAGCGGGUUGUGGACGUUUUCCAGUCCCAGGGCAUGGUACAGCAGGCCACCGCCUUCCUGCUCGAUGCUCUCAAGGAGAACAAGCCGGAGCAGGGUCACAUGCAGACUCGCCUGCUCGAGAUGAAUCUGAUGAACGCUCCUCAGGUCGCGGAUGCCAUCCUCGGUAACGACAUGUUUUCGCACUUCGACAAGAACAGGAUCGCUACGCUCUGCGAGCAGGCUGGUCUUUCCCAGCGAGCUCUGGAGCUGUACGAGGAUCCCGCCGCUGUCAAGCGUGUUGUCGUCAACAUCGCAGGCACCCCCAACUUCAACCUGGACUGGCUGACCAACUUCUUUGGCAAGCUGUCUGUUGAGCAGUCGCUCGACUGCCUCGACGCCAUGAUGAAGACCAACAUCCGCCAGAACCUGCAGUCUGUGGUGCAGGUUGCGACCAAGUACUCGGACCUGCUUGGCCCUACGCGUCUCAUCGAUCUCUUUGAGAAGUACAAGACCGCCGAGGGUCUCUUCUACUACCUGGGCAGCAUUGUCAACCUCUCCGAGGACGCCGAUGUGCAUUUCAAGUACAUCGAGGCUGCCACCAAGAUGGGCCAGUUCAACGAAGUGGAGCGCAUCUGCAGGGACAGCACCCAUUACAACCCGGAGAAGGUCAAGAACUUCCUCAAGGAGGCUCACCUUAACGAGCAGCUGCCUCUGAUCAUUGUUUGCGACCGGUUCAACUUUGUCCACGACUUGGUCCUGUACCUGUACAAGAACCAGCAGUUCAGCUCCAUCGAGACCUACGUUCAGCGGGUCAACCCCAGCAGGACGCCGGCCGUUAUCGGCGGUCUUCUCGAUGUUGACUGUGACGAGAACAUCAUCAAGGGCUUGUUGAACAGUGUCAACCCUGCCUCGAUUCCCAUCGAUGAGCUCGUCUCCGAAGUUGAGACCCGCAACCGCCUCAAGUUGCUGCUGCCCUUCUUGGAGGCCACCCUUGCGGCCGGCAACCGGCAGCAGGCCGUCUACAAUGCUCUGGCCAAGAUUUACAUCGACUCGAACAACAACCCUGAGAAGUUCCUUAAGGAGAACGACCAGUACGACUCGCUCAUUGUCGGUAAAUACUGCGAGAAGCGCGACCCGAACCUGGCAUACAUUGCCUAUCGCAAGGGCCAGAACGACCUCGAGCUGGUCAACAUCACCAAUGAAAACUCGAUGUACAAGGCCCAGGCCCGCUACCUCCUCGAGCGUGCCGAUCGCGAGCUGUGGAGCUUCGUGCUCAGCGAGAACAACAUCCACCGCCGCUCUGUGGUCGACCAGGUUAUCUCCACUGCGGUCCCCGAGUCCACGGACCCGGCCAAGGUUUCGGAGGCCGUCGCUUGCUUCCUCAAUGCCGACCUGCCCGCCGAGCUCAUUGAGCUGCUGGAGAAGAUUGUUCUCGAGCCUUCGCCCUUCAGCGACAACGAGAACCUGCAGAACUUGCUCAUGUUCACCGCUGCCAAGGCUGACAAGGCCCGCGUCAUGGAUUACAUCCACCGCCUCGAGCACUUCAACGCGGAGGAAAUCUCCAAUGUCUGUAUCGAGGUCGGCCUCUUCGAGGAAGCCUUUGAGAUCUUCAAGAAGAUUGGCGACAAGACCAGCGCGGUCAACGUUCUCGUCGACCACGUCGUUAGCAUCGACCGCGCCCAGGCCUACGCUGAGGAUGUCGAUCUGCCUGAGGUCUGGAGCAAGGUGGCCAAGGCCCAGUUGGACGGCCUCCGCGUCAGCGACUCUAUCGAGUCGUACAUCAAGGCCGAGGACCCCAAGAACUACGAGGAGGUCAUCGAGAUUGCCACGCAUGCCGGCAAGAACGAGGAUCUCAUCAAGUACCUGCGCAUGGCCCGCAAGACUCAGCGCGAGCCGGCCAUCGACACGGCCCUCGCCUUCUGCUAUGCCCGCCUGGACAACCUGCCCGAGCUUGAGGACUUCCUGCGGGGCACCAACGUCGCCAACAUUGAGGAGUCUGGUGACAAGGCCUACUCCGAGGGUCUCUUCGAGGCCGCCAAGAUCUUCUUCACCAGCAUCUCCAACUGGGCCAAGCUCGCCACCACCCUCGUCCACCUCGAGGACUACCAGGCUGCUGUCGAGUGUGCCCGCAAGGCCAACAACAUCAAGGUCUGGAAGGAGGUGCACGAGGCCUGCGUGGAGAAGAAGGAGUUCCGCCUGGCUCAGAUCUGCGGUCUCAACCUGAUUGUGGACGCCGAGGAGCUCUCGACGCUGGUGAAGCAGUAUGAGCGCAACGGCUACUUUGACGAGCUCAUCAACCUGCUCGAGCAGGGUCUGGGCCUGGAGCGUGCGCACAUGGGCAUGUUCACCGAGCUCGGCAUUGCCCUGUCCAAGUACCACCCUGAGCGCCUGAUGGAGCACCUGAAGCUCUUCUGGAGCCGGAUGAACCUGCCCAAGAUGAUCCGCGCCUGCGAGGAAGCCAACCUGUGGCCGGAGCUCGUCUUCUGCUACUACCACUACGAUGAAUUCGACAAUGCUGCCCUGUCGGUCAUGGAGCGUCCCGAGAACUCUUGGGAGCACCAGCAGUUCAAGGAGAUCAUCGUCAAGGUGGCCAACCUGGAGAUCUACUACAAGGCCAUCAACUUUUACCUGGAGCAGCACCCUUCGCUCCUCACCGACCUUCUGCAGGUGCUCACGCCUCGCAUCGACGUUAACCGCGUCGUCCGUCUGUUCCAGAAGUCGGACAACCUGCCGCUGAUCAAGCCGUUCCUGCUCAAUGUGCAGACGCAAAACAAGCGGGUGGUCAACGACGCCAUCAACGAUCUCCUCAUCGAGGAGGAAGACUACAAGACGCUCCGUGACUCUGUCGAGAACUACGACAAUUAUGAGCCUGUUGAUCUCGCGUCGCGUCUGGAGAAGCACGACCUGGUCUUCUUCCGCCAGAUUGCCGCUAACAUCUACCGCAAGAACAAGAGGUGGGAGAAGUCGAUUGCGCUCUCGAAGCAAGACAAGCUGUGGAAGGAUGCCAUUGAGACGGCCGCAAUCUCAGCUAAGACCGAUGUUGUUGAAGACCUUCUCCGCUACUUUGUCGAUAUUGGCAACCGCGAGUGCUACGUGGGUAUGCUCUAUGCCUGCUACGAUCUCAUCCGCCCCGAUGUCGUCCUGGAGAUGUCGUGGCGCCACGGCCUGAACGACUUCACCAUGCCGUACUUGAUCAACCUCAUGUGCCAGCAGACCAAGGAGAUCUCGAUCCUCAAGGCGGACAAUGAGGCCCGCAAGGCCAAGGAGAAGGAGCAAGAGAAGGUGGAGGACAACACGCCCAUCCUGGGAGGUGGCAGGCUGAUGAUCACGGCCGGGCCGUCGGGCAACGCGGGCCAGGCUUCGCCUGCGCCGUUUGCCGGAGCCAACGGAUUCGUUCCUCAGCCUACCGGCUACGGUUACUAG